CCAUUCUUCCGGAAACAAACAAUUCUUCAAUAAUCAAUAGUACUAUAGUACCAUAAACAUACACACACAGUUACACUCCGAGUUGCGCACUUGCGCUUUCACCAACCAUAUAAAAACAAAAAUAAGAUCAAUAUUAUAAAAAUGAUUGCUAGUAAUUCUUUAUUGCGAAUUGUUAGCUAACUUCAAUUUUCUUCUUUUUAUUAUUCCCAAAAAUGGAAUUUCCAAUUAAUUGUAUUUGUACCAGUAAUUUAUUGUUAGUUAUUACACUAGUGCUCUUGCAUUUCACUAGUUCACUGGAAUUUGAGUCUUUUCUUCAGCUCCCACGAUCUGGGUUUUCAGUAAUCAGAAAACCCAGAAAAGAAGUUGGAAUCUUUCUUCAUGUUACUGCAUAUGGUGCUGUAGGAGAUGGUAUUCAUGAUGAUACUGAGGCUUUUAGAAAUGCAUGGAAAGUGGCAUGUACUUUCCCUCAGCGGGCAACCAUUAUUGUUCCAGAGGGAUUUACUUAUUUGGUACAACCAAUCGACUUUGCUGCAUGUCAAACUGAGGUGACUCUAAGGAUUCUUGGAGCAAUUAUUGCUCCUAAAGAUCCUAAAGUUUGGCUUGGUUUGAACCCUCGCAAAUGGCUUUACUUUCAUGGUGUGGAGCAACUAACUCUGGAAGGUGGGGGGACAAUUAAUGGUAUGGGAAAGGAUUGGUGGGCUCUGUCCUGCAAGACUAAUGCAACACUUCCUUGUCAUCACGCUCCCACGGCUAUUACUUUUCACAGAUGCAAGAACUUAAAAGUUAGAGAUAUCAGUAUUAUUGAUAGUCAACAAACACAUAUAACCUUUACCAAUUGCCGUAGCAUUGUGGUCUCUAAUGUCACGCUAACAGCGCCAGUUGAAAGUCCUAAUACAGAUGGAAUCCACAUAAGUGCUUCUUCUGAUGUUCAAGUCAGUGAUACUUCUAUCAAAACUGGGGAUGAUUGUGUUUCCAUUGUGAGCAAUUCCUCGAGAAUUGUAAUUACAGGGCUUGCCUGUGGUCCAGGCCAUGGCAUAAGUAUUGGAAGCUUGGGAAGAUGGAGUGAAUGGUCUGAGGUGCGUGAUGUAAUGGUAGAUGGAGCAUACCUGUCUAACACUCAGAACGGUGUAAGAAUCAAAACCUGGCAGGGAGGUGCUGGUUAUGUCAGAAGGGUUACAUUCAAAAAUGUGUGGAUGGAAAAUGUCACAAAUCCAAUUAUAGUUGAUCAAUAUUAUUGUGAUGCUCCAGAGCCAUGUAUAAAUCAGACAUCAGCAGUACAUGUUGAUAAAAUAUCAUUUGUGGGCAUCAAGGGAACUUCAGGGUCUGAUGAAGCAAUAAGAUUCGCCUGCAGUGAUAGCAGUCCAUGCCAAGGGUUAUAUUUAGAAGAUAUCCAGCUCAUUACUUACACAGGAGUUGCAACAUCAUUUUGUUGGAAAGCACAAGGUUCGAGCUCUGGGGUUGUAUAUCCUUCCCCUUGCUUUCCUACCAACGAAAGCGUGAUCUAAAAAUAAACUUUCUACAUCCCUGCUAAACAACUCGACUGUGGACAAUCUUAUGGCAAGUUAGAAAGCUGAAACAUGAUACUGUAUUGUCACGAGCUUCUUCCAUUGGCGGAUCCAGGAAUUGAGCCACGUGGGUUCGGAGUAAACAUAUAUUUCAAAUUAUAUUUUACUAUCCACAGUUGCAUUUUUUAAUAAAAAGGAAAACUUUCAACAACUGUAUCUAACAAAACUUUCAUUCUUGGGUACAUUAUAACAAAAAUUAAAAAUAUUGUACUAACAAAAUAUUAUAAAUAUCUUGUACAACAAAUACAGAGUUAUAAAACGAACAACCGCUUGAGUAUCAAUUAUUAAGACAGUUUUCAUUAAAUCAAACUAUUAAUUAAGUGUUGAAAGUAAUUAUUAGAUACCAAAGAUAUGAAACAAUGGAAAAAAAAAUAUUAGCAACUAGCACACUUUUCAUUACAUAACAUAUAAAUAUAUGAGCAGUGAAUCAAAUAAUUAACAUAGUAUUUCACUUAGUGAAUGAUUGAUUGGAGAACGGGAAGAGAAGGAACACAAUCGCUAGAUUCAUUACCUUUUGAUGUAUUAAUAUCUGGUGGGAGGGUGAGAUUUAUAAAUAUAAAGGAGACUUAAUUAAUAACGGGUGAAUUUAAAAAUGGAAAUAGAAGAUCAAACAAUGAAAUUUAAGCUCUAAACUUUUAGUAACCAAAGAUAAGAAAAAAGAAAAAAGAAAAAAGAAACCAAAAAAAACAUGGAAAACAAAAAAAAAAACAAGGAGAACAAAAAAAAAAACAAGGAAAACAAAAAAAACCAACUGCUCUAAGGAUUAGAACCCGCAACCUUGUAGAGAUUCUAGCACGCACUUCUAGCACGCUCACUUUACCACUUAGGCAAAUCAUUCUCAAGUAAAAUAAUACGCGUAUUUAUUAUAUAUCCGUUCCUUAUUUCCUAUAGUUUUCAGUUUUUCCUACGGAUCCGCGUGGGUUCAGUUGAACCCACUGAACCCACGCUGGAUCCGCCCCUGGCUUCUUCUGAUUGGACACUGAAGACUGCUCGUCAGAUAACGGAUAUUUCCUUUUAGCCAAAGGAUUGCCUGUAGGAGAGGUUUAGAAGAUGGGAGUUAUUGUACCUUACUACCUUCCUGUAGAUAUACGUUUUCUAAGGACAUUGAACUUAUAUAUGCUUUUUUAAUAGACCAUUUUGUGAUGGGGUUCCAUAAUGGAGGAAAAUUGACAUAAAAAAUCAGUACUUUCAUCAUCUUAUCAUUUAAUCUAGCUUUUGAUUAUUCAAGGAUAAUCCAGGUUUUUGCGUGACGUCAAAAUAUUUCUCGUC